CUCAAGGUCGCCCAAGUGAUUCUGGCCCUGAUUGCAUUCAUCUGCAUCGAGACCAUCAUGAAUUGCUUCCCAUGUGAAGGUCUCUACUUCUUCGAAUUUGUAAGCUGUAGUGCAUUUGUGGUGACUGGAGUCUUGCUGAUUCUGUUCAGCCUCAAUCUUCAUAUGAGGAUCCCACAGAUCAACUGGAACCUGACAGAUUUGGUCAACACUGGACUCAGCACUUUCUUUUUCUUUAUUGCCUCAAUUGUACUGGCUGCUCUAAACCACAAAACCGGAGCCGAAAUUGCUGCCAUGAUAUUUGGCUUCUUGGCGACAGCAGCUUAUGCAGUGAGCACAUUCUUGGCCGUACAGAAAUGGAGAGUCAGCAUCCGCCAGCAGAGCGCCAACGACUACAUCCGAGCCCGCACUGAGUCCAGAGAUGUGGACAGUCGCCCUGAGAUCCAGCGCCUGGACACAUGAGGUCCUGCCGGAGUCCACCUCCCUCCAGCCCUUGUGCCCAUCCUUCUGGUCAAAUUCUUUCCCUCCACUCAUGAGACUUUCAUGUGACUCAGCUGAAUUUUGUCCUCUUCGGUAAAAGUUCACUUUGGGAAAAGUUGUUCAGCGUGGCCCUGUGGGUGGGUCUGUGGUAGGCUGGAGAGGCCCAUGUCCUCUAGUAUUGGACAGCCACAGGAGCAGCCAACUGUCUGACCCAUCCGCCACGCUGUCACAUGUAUUUGUGAUGAGUCAAGAUGCUGGGUUACACAGGGCUGCUAAGAAGGGGAAAAUAGACAUCAGGAAAUGAAGGCGCAGGGUUGGGACAGUUCGGCAGCCUCAUGGUGUGCUCUGGGUGCAUGUUGAGUCUGGCUGCGGGUCCCACCUUCCUUGUCUUCCAUGUCCAGGGCAUCAAGGCAACCAGAAUGGCCUGAAAGUCCCUGGGACUCUGAGGAUCUUCGCAUUGGAUGUGCUGGUGGAUUUCUUUGCUGGGCCUGAAUAUUGCAGGGACAGGAGAAGCUGGUGUCCUGUGGGACAAUUCCAUGAGACCCCUGACUCACAGGAAGGUUACCCUUUUUUCCUACCCUGCUGAGAAAUCACUUGGUUCUUCCUCAAAUGAAUCACCUUCCUGAGUCCCAGAUUCUUUUCCAAGAAUAUAGGGACCAUCUUGUUUGACAGUUUCCUGUUUACCCUAAACACUCUGAGGCUGAAUUGCGGAGUUUCUGUAAUUUUACCUUCUCAGGUAACAGCCGCAGAAGAAACACAGUCCAUUCCACCAGCCAAAGCACUUGCCUGUUUGCUGUCUUCUUGGGCCACGUAUCGGAGUGUGUUUGUGUGUGUAUGUUACAAAUCAGGGCACACAAACACACCUCUGUUUUAGGGGUGUAUGCUAAUUUUCUAAUGCCUGAGAAAAAUUUUAAAAUGAUUCCAAAUAGAUCUGUCUAGGGUUUAAAAAUACUUGAAUUUAUACCAGGACAUGUCCUUCCUCUGAUGUGUCAGAAGGUACCAUUUACCAAUUUGGGUGCCUGAGCAUCAUUACAAUGAACACCAGUGCUGGAGGUUGUUGGGGAAAAUCCCAGUUACUUAGGUUUUUGAUUGAUUGUUGAUCAAGUGAAGAUUAUUUUUUUGUGAUGAAUGAGUUAAAUGAGCCCCUAGAAUGCUGUAGUUUUUUGUUGUGGUGGUUGUUGUUAAAAGACUAAUUAUAUCUUUCAUGGAAAAAUUGUUAUGAUUUGCCAGGUUUUCACAUUUUGAACUGCUUUAAUGUUUACAGACGUCGUUGUAGCUCUAAUGUUUUGUGUUUAGCCCUUAUCAAGGAAAAGACUCCGCUGGUGGGAAGAUCUUGCAGAGUCUGGAAAAUCUUGACGUCUUGUACUAAGGACCACUUACAGUCUUAGCUGUGUACUGUGUAGGAUAUGGUGCAGAGGAGGGGGCAGGAGAGUGUGAAGAGGUGUCCCCUGUGCAUGGUGUGUGUCAGGAAAGAUCAGUGUCUGCUUUAACAGGGAGGAGAGGGGUGUUGGUUAGGUAGUGUUACUGGGCUGGGUAUUCCACAGGAGUGGUGGCAUGUCAGGUCUGAGGGCCAGGGUCAGGAGUUAGCCCCUUGUCUCAAUGCCCAGCACAAUCCAGUUCUCUUGCAGCCCUUCCUGGGCAGAGCCCAGGUCACAUGCUCAAGCACAGCUGCCUUAGGAACUGACCCAUUAGUCUGGUGGUAACUCUUCUCCCCUCUUCCCACAGAGGGUGGCCUGGCCUGGUCACAGCAGGGCAUGGGGCUGACAGAGCCUUCUUUGGUCGUGAGUUAGCUCUGGCAUGCUUUACAGACUUUGAACCUGUUGUAUGUGGUGAUGUGGAAGGAGCUGAAGACAUCUGGGUUUUAUGUCUUAGUUUUACAUAUUUAUUGUGCAUUUGGUGACUGUGUCUACAUAAUUAAAAUAGGGCUUAUUGUCCUCUGAGCAUUCCGUUUAAAAUAGGGCACAAAGACUUAGCCUUGCGUCAGAUGGAGCCCACUUGGAAGGACCACCCUGAACUUUAUCAGAAAUCUGCUGGGAGUCGAGUUACUUGGACUCAAUAGAAGCCACCUUUGAAGUAAGAGUGAAAGAAGAAUAUCAUUCAGGCAAGACUGUUGCCCAAGUUUUCCUGAGUCACUUCAAUAAAACCAACUUAUUAUCCGGUGAAAGGAAACCAUUGAUUGGUCUUCUGAGGAUGCAUUGUCAGUGGAAAGAAUUAGUUCUGAGGCCCAUCAAGACCACAAAUGCUGAGGGAUGAUAAAAAGUGAUGAUGUCUCAUGCCCAGGGAGGUUUAGGUGUUAAUUUGCAUCUUAGUGAUAGACUCUUUAGAAUUAUUUAUGUCCCUGUAACUAUUUAAUAUCCUUUGUGCCAUGAGGCUUCCCCAUGGUUUUUGUAAAUGUAUUUCCUUGUACUAUUUAAUUAGCUCCCACUAGAACCGGAAGUGAUCUGUAUAGUCUGAUUGGUGUAGUGUACAGACAGAGAGGAAAAAUUAUGAAGGGAAUAUGGUCAUCUGCUAUGAAUGUAAGGCGCCGUGUUUUUCUUCUGUCUCCUCCGUGUGCAAACAGCAGACAGUCUAGAUUAAAAUGACCUCCUUGCAAAUUGAAGGAAAUGUAUUUUUGCAUUUAGUUGAUCCACUGUGGACUAAUGUCACUUAGGUUUGGGGCAUUUUAAGGCUGAGGCUUAGUUUUUCAGUUUUCUCAGUGUUCUGGUGGGGUGAAUUGGCUUUCACAGAAGUUGGAGCAAAACUUGAAGGAACCACAGGUGCUGUGUCCAUCCUGGAGUGUUUGUGCACACGCAGGCUAAAGCCUUCCAGGAUUUGGUGGGACCUCUGGUGGUUUGGAUGGAUACAAACACUGCCAGCUUCUGCGAAAGUUUAUUUUGGCAGUGAUUUGGUUGAUUGGCUGUGUAUUUCCCCGAUGACUCACCUUACCCUCUCUUCAUUUUGCUGAAGGUACAGAGGAGGCAAAAUCCUUUCCCUUUCACACACAGAUACUGCAGUCAUGAAAAUCUAGACACCUGUUGGUCCCCUAGAAAGGGCAAACAUGGUUACAGACUAAAAUCUGACUAGAAAAGUUUGAUUUAAAGUAAUCAGCCGUCCAAGGCAGAUUGCUUGUUUACAAAAAAAGCAAGAACACAGUAGCCUGCUCACUUCCACUGCUAUGUCUGCCUUAGCCCAGUGAGCUGAAGAGCUGGUGUGUGCAGAGCCCAGCCACCGGGAAACCAGCAAGGACCAGCCAGGCUCUGAGGGCGUGGCAUGGGGACGCCAUUAUUGUCCUCUUGCCUGAAGGCACAUGCCUGUGGGCAGGCUGGGUAUGUCUGGCCUCUAGUGUGCUGGAUCCUUCUAGCCACAGCUUCAAGGCUCAGGUGUAAACAUUCCUGGUUUCUUCAAGUUUGCAGUUUUGUUUGCCUUUGUGAAGCUUUCUUAGUGAUUCAGACUUUUGGUAAGCCACAGACAGCCUCUGAGGAGACAAAGCCCUAACUUCUGUCUGUACAUGUAUGUGAGGUCUUGCUUGCCAUGAGUGACCCUUGGAUAACCCUUCUGUGUGGCCCAAGCUCACUUCUUCUCUUAGAUUCACAUGCACUGUUUGGAGGACACCCCUCACCUAUCCAUGCGCUCCCAGAGAUGGACAAGGUGCUAAUCUCCACCUGUGGCAGAUUUCCUCUGGGUCGAUCUUAGAAACUGUCCUAACAGA